AGGCGGCGGCAGCGGCGGGGCGGCGCUGAGCGGAGCCGAUCCGAGCCGAGCGGAGCCGAUCCGAGCCGAGCCGAGGAGGCCCCGCGGCGGCGCCUGAGGAGCGGCGGGGUGGGCGGGCGGGGGCCCAUGUGCGGCGGCGGAGGCCCCCCCCCCGCCCCCCAGUACCGGCGGCGGCGGCGGCCCGUUGGCGGCCAGGCGCCGCUGAAGAGGCUCGGAGCGAGCGAGGCGGCGGCGGAGGAAGAGGAGGAGGAGGAGGAGGAGGCGGCAGGAUGAAGUUCGCCGAGCACCUGGCGGCGCACAUCACCCCCGAGUGGCGGAAGCAGUACAUCCAGUAUGAGGCUUUGAAAGAGAUGCUAUAUGCAGCUGUGGACCAGGCUCCUUCUAUAGAAGACACAGAUGAAGACACAGUGAAAAGGUGUUUUGCCACGUUUGAAGAGAAGUUCUUCCAAACCUGUGAGAAAGAACUUGCCAAAAUCAACAUUUUCUAUUCAGAAAAGCUUGCAGAAGCUCAGCGCAGGUUCACUACUCUUCGGACGGAGUUACAGUCAACUUUGGACGCACAGAAAGAAGCCAGCGGGGCUUCCACGCUGCAGCGGCGCAGAAAGCCGGUCUUCCACCUGUCCCACGAAGAGCGUGUCCAGCAUAGGAAUAUCAAAGACCUGAAAUUGGCCUUCAGCGAGCUCUACCUCAGCCUCAUCUUACUGCAGAACUAUCAGAACCUGAACUUCACAGGCUUCCGCAAGAUCUUGAAGAAACAUGACAAGAACCUGGAGACGACACGAGGGGCGGAGUGGCGGGUGGCCGAGGUGGAGGUGGCACCCUUCUACACCUGCAAGAAAAUCAAUCAGCUUAUCUCCGAAACAGAGGAAGUGGUGACCAAUGAGUUAGAAGAUGGGGACAGACAGAAGGCUAUGAAACGUCUGCGUGUUCCACCUUUGGGAGCAGCUCAGCCUGUACCAGCCUGGACUACAUUCAGGGUUGGAUUGUUCUGUGGAUUGUUCAUUGCACUGAACGUGACUGUCAUACUUUCAGGUGUGGCUUUUAUAGAAGGACCAAAUGUGUGGCCACUGGUGAGAAUCUAUCGAGGUGGCUUUCUCCUGAUAGAAUUCCUCUUUCUCCUGGGUAUCAACACGUACGGCUGGAGACAGGCUGGAGUGAAUCAUGUCCUCAUCUUUGAACUCAAUCCCCGCAGCAACUUGUCCCAUCAACAUCUCUUUGAGAUUGCUGGAUUCCUGGGGGUUUUGUGGUGCCUGAGCCUGCUGGCAUGUAUAUAUGGUAAAUUCACCUACAUCCCUAUGCAGGUGAAUCCACUCAUCUUGUACGGCUUCAUGUUGCUUUUUCUCAUCAACCCUACCAAAACCUUAUAUUACAAGUCCCGUUUUUGGCUGCUCAAACUAUUGUUCCGAGUGUUCACGGCUCCCUUCCACAAAGUAGGCUUCGCAGAUUUCUGGUUGGCUGAUCAGCUCAACAGCCUGGUCGUCAUACUCAUGGAUCUGGAGUACAUGAUCUGCUUUUACAGCUUCGAGGUUCAGUGGGAGAACAAUGCUGGACUUCUGGCAGAUACAGAAAAUCAGAUUUGUUACAGCUACUCCUACGGAGUGAGAGCGGUUGUCCAGUGCAUCCCUGCUUGGUUGCGAUUCAUCCAGUGCCUGCGCCGUUACCGCGAUAAUAAACGGGCCUUUCAUCUGGUUAACGCUGGAAAAUAUUCCACCACCUUCUUCGUGGUGACAUUUGCAGCCCUCUACAGCACUCACAAAGCUAAAAACCACAGUGACACCCAAGUGUUCUUCUACCUGUGGAUUAUCUUCUAUUUCAUCAGCUCUUGCUAUACGCUCAUUUGGGACCUGAAGAUGGACUGGGGUCUCUUUGACAAAAACGCUGGUGAAAAUACCUUUCUCCGAGAAGGAAUUGUCUACCCACAGAAAGCAUACUACUAUUGUGCCAUUGUAGAGGACGUGAUCCUGCGUUUCGCGUGGACCAUCCAGAUCUCCCUCACCUCCAUGCAAAUCUUUCCGUAUGCUGGGGACAUCAUUUCUACUGUUUUUGCCCCACUUGAGGUUUUCAGGCGGUUUGUGUGGAACUUCUUCCGUCUGGAGAACGAGCACCUGAACAACUGUGGGGAGUUCCGUGCCGUGAGGGACAUCUCCGUGGCACCGCUCAACGCCGAUGACCUGACGCUCUUGGAUCAGAUGAUGGACCAGGAAGAUGGUGUACGAAAUCGCCGGAAGAACAAACAGUGGAAGCGCAGCCAGAGCAUAUCCUUGCGCAGACCUCGUCUUGCUUCACAGUCCAAGGCUUCUGACACUAAGGUAUUGAUAGAGGACCUAGCGAAAGAAGUGAACACAUGAAACGGCCACGGUCUUUUAUUCCGCAUCCUUUGUUUUCUCAUUCUGCUCCCCUCUUCCCCAAGUAACCCAAUCUCUGGUACAGUUCCAGCUGAAAACAGGAGAAAACACUGAACACGUUUUCCGAGCUCUUCCAGACCAGAUCCUAUGGACUCCAACAAGCUCACUGUGUUUCAUUUCUUUUCUUCUGGGUUAAUUUUGAUGUUCUAUUUUAAAAAUAAAAUAUUUUACUUUCUUUUGCCAAUAAAGAGGACAGUUCAGGAAAGAAGGAUUGUUUACAGUCUCAACAAGGACAUACAAACCUAUCUGGAUAAAGAAGCAUCAUAGGGACUCCCUCAUGGGACAGUGCCGAGAACACCCUCGGUUUCUGCUUGGCCCGGUUUUGACUGGUUGAAACCGGACUUAAGUUUUUAAAUCGGAUUUUUUUUGUUGUUGUUGUUUUUUUUUUUUCAUUUGUUUGUUUUUUUCUUCAUAUCCAGCGCUGAGGCACUGGCUGCACUUGCAGGGAAAGUGCACUUAGAGCAGUAUCUUCAUUCAUGAAGCUACUUUUUAAUUUGAUGUAACUUUUCUUAUAAUUUUUUGGAAAUAUGAUGUAUCUGUUGC